UUCAAAAUGGAUUCCUCAUUCUUCCAAUCCCAAGAAUAUCAAUCCAACAACUACUUCUCCCCUGAAUCUUCUUCACCGGAUUCUUUGUCAUUCAAUCAUAACCACCAACACCUACCCUUCAACCCAAAUGACUCACAAGAAAUGUUUCUUAUGGAUGUCCUCAAUGAACCCAUUACUACUACUAGAGACUCUUUUGUGACGACCAAUGCUGUUACAAGAGACCAUGAAGAGAUAACCUCAUCGGAGAUUUCAUAUAGAGGAGUUAGGAAGAGGCCGUGGGGGAAAUUCGCGGCGGAGAUUAGAGACUCAACGAGGAAUGGAGUGAGGGUUUGGAUAGGGACCUUCGACACGGCCGAGGAGGCGGCGUUGGCUUAUGAUCAAGCAGCAUUCGCCUUGAGAGGUACAUUGGCAACACUCAACUUCCCGGCGCAGAAGGUUUAUGAGUCGCUAAGAGCGAUGAACUACUCGUACGAGGAAGGGGAAUCACCGGUUCUGGAGUUGAAAAGGAUACACUCCAUGAAGAGGAAAUCGGGGAGUCGAAAAAGAUCACAAUACAAUAAUAAUAUUAAUGAAGAUGAUGAUAAUGUGGUGGUGUUGGAGGAUUUAGGGGCUGAUUAUUUGGAGGAGUUGCUUAAUGCUACUACUUAGUAAAUUGUUUUCACUCACUCUCUUUCUCUCUUUGUAAUUGAUACUUGAUAAGUGUGACGAUCUUU